UUUCAGGGAUUCCAAAGUGAUCGGCUAUGCAAUGGGAGUAGUCCUGCCCCUACUCAUAACCCCCAACUUGGGGUGAAAACAGGAUCCAAUUCGUACCACUUUACCAGUUAAGGAUUGCAUGAUUAUAUUGAGCAGAAUAGCAGGAAAGCAUUCUACAAUCUCUAAUUGAUACCAGUCUUCAAUGGCACAUCCAUUGAGUUUAACUUCUACAGGCCUCCUCAAAUAUGGCUUAAUUCCUGGAACCACGAUUUCACACAAAAAAGUUGGGACAUAUGCUUUAAGAUCAUCAGGGUUAUUAUUUAGCAUCCGAGCUGUGCAAGACAAUGACAGGCCUCGACGACUGGUUGAUUUCAUUCGUCUUGUGCCAGAGAAAUCAAGGAAUUACUUUACAAGUCCUUCAAGGAGAGCACUUUUUGGGGGAAUCGCAUUAUUGGGUGGUUUUUAUGUGGCACAGACAAUCUCUCUGUCGUUUGGAGCGUUGGGAGUCAAUGAUGUGAUUGCUGCGAUUGUGUGUGUUCUCCUUACGGAGUAUGUAACUAAGUUCUAUUAUAGCCGGCCAAAGGUGACUUUCCCCAUUGCUCUUCUAAACAAUUUCAAGAUGGGUUUCACUUAUGGUCUCUUCAUUGAUGCUUUUAAACUUGCCAGUUGAAUUAAAACCAUCCAAUCGGUUUGUUGUUCUAGGUCAACAUGCUAUCUGUCGGAUCUUUGAUCUGCCAUGGUGUCUUUUGUUAAGAUUUGAUUUUGUCCGCAUUUUUUGCACAUGUCUAUAUUGUAGAUCCUGCCUCUCUUUCCCUUUCAGCUAUAUGCUUGUGGCAUUGUAUGGGCUGGCAUUACUAUUAUCUGAACAGUGUACUGUUGCAAUGGAAACAGAAAUCUUGUUCACAUAAAUCUUUCAUAUUUAUAUUUUUAUAUAGUUACAUACAUACAUA